CCACGCCCCUCACCGCGCUAUUGGUGGAUCCCCUUCCGGGGGGAGAGGCUUGCAUCUCAGGCCCCACCUCCGCCCUGCCGUAUAAAAGCGGCGCCGCCGAGAAGGACGCGGGGUUUCUGGCCGGAUCGGCGACUGCGCGUGCGUGCGCGGGGAGAGUUUGCGUCUUCAGGCUGCAGCGUCCUUAGCUCGCGUUCCGCGUCGCGGGUUCGAGGCCAGGGUCUGCGCGUGGUGGGUUCGCGCCCCGGGGCGUGAUGCUGUUUGACAAGGUGAAGGCGUUCGCGGUGCAGCUGGACGGCGCGACCGCUGGCGUUGAGCCCGUGUUCAGCGGCGGCCAGGUCGUGGUGGGCCGGGUGCUACUGGAGCUAGCGGGCGCGGCGCGCGUGGGCACCCUGAAGCUGCGCGCGCGAGGCCGCGCACACGUGCACUGGACCGAGUCUCGCAGCGCGGGCUCGAGCACCGCGUACACGCAGAGCUACAGCGAGCGCGUGGAGGUCGUGAGCCACCGUGCCACGCUGCUCCCUCCAGACACUGGCGAGCCCACGACCCUGCCUGCCGGGCAUCACGAGUUCCCGUUCAGCUUCCAGCUGCCUCUGACCCUGGUGACAUCCUUUGAGGGAAAACAUGGCAGCGUCCGCUACUGCAUCAAGGCCACCCUGCACCGACCCUGGGUCCCAGCACGUCGGACCAGGAAGGUGUUCACUGUCAUUGAGCCAGUGGACAUCAAUACACCGGCCCUGUUGGCGCCUCAAGCAGGAGCCCGGGAAAAGGUCGCCCGAUCCUGGUACUGUAACCGUGGCCUGGUCUCCCUCUCUGCCAAGAUUGACCGCAAGGGCUACACGCCAGGAGAGGUGAUCCCCAUCUUCGCCGAGAUCGACAACGGCUCCACGCGACCGGUGCUGCCGCGGGCAGCCGUGGUGCAGACGCAGACAUUCAUGGCCAGAGGCGCCCAGAAGCAGAAGCGAGCUGUGGUGGCCAGUCUGGCGGGCGAACCCGUGGGCCCAGGGCGGCGGGCGCUGUGGCAGGGCCGGGCGCUGCGGAUCCCCCCGGUGGGGCCCUCCAUCUUCCACUGCCGCGUGCUCCACGUGGGCUACUCGCUCAAGGUUUGCGUGGACAUCCCGGGCACAUCCAAGCUGCUCUUGGAGCUGCCACUGGUCAUUGGCACCGUCCCCCUGCACCCUUUCGGCAGCCGUUCGUCCAGCGUGGGCAGCCACGCCAGCUUCCUGCUGGACUGGGGGCUGGGAGCCCUGCCCGAGCACCCUGAGGCCCCUCCUGACUACUCAGAGGUGGUCACAGAAGAGGUGGCAGUCGCUUCACAGAGCCCCUUCCCACUGCUGCCAGACCCCAGGAUGAGUCUGGAAGGGCCCUACUUCGCCUACAUCCAGGAGUUCCGCUACCGCCCGCCACCCCUAUACUCCGAGGAGGAUCCAAAUCCACCUUCAGAGGCCAUGAGGCCACGCUGCAUGACCUGCUGAGUGGCAAAAAGGACACCUGGAGGGGCGAAGUUGCUUAGGAACCUCCAGCCACCAUGGCCACGGGGACGGCUGGGCCCACGGCCCAGCAGCCUGACGUCGAGGAAACUGAGUCUUGGAGGCUGUGCCACUGUCACAGGACUGAGGAAGAGCCAGGAUGGAAUCUGGCAUCUCCGGACUAGCUGUCCCCAAGCAUCAGGUGCCCGGCACCGGGCCCAGGAAACCAUUCGCCCGUGUGUGUGCCCGACCUGUGGGUGGCGCUGGGUCCCCCAGGAGCCUCCAGUCUGAGGGAGGCAGAGCCAGACAGACACGUCCAGUCUUGUGAAGUCAUCGGGGACCCAGGGCUGGGGCAGGCCAAGGAGGCUUCCCGGAGGAAAGGCCAGUUUAGUGGCGGCCCCGGCCUGGAAUGGAGCUCCGCGGCCGAGAAGCCAGGGGGAGGCCGGAGCUGAGGGGUGUCAGGAGCCCCCCGCCUUCACCUUUAGAAUUGAGGGCUCAGAGGAGAGGUGUCCUCAUUGCCCGUGGGGUCCGGCCGGCAAGGGGGCCCAGGAGCAAAGCAUUCAGGAGAGCAGGUCCCUGGCGCGGCCAGGGCAGCCCCGUCUGAAGACGCAGAAGCAGAGAUCCCUGCGGCCUGUCUGCAGACAAGUGUCCCGGGACACAGGGGCCCGUGAUCUGUGGCCCAGGGAACCCAGGUUCAGGGAGGGGCAGGCACCACCAGCCACGCGACUUAGAAAAUGUGAACGUGGGGCCCUUGUUCAAGGAUGAUUUAGAAUUUCAAGACUGACAACAGCAUUAAACCGGGUCCCAAGGACUCGUCAGCCUAGAGGGACAUAUCGGGACCAUUGUGCUUCAAGAGCCCCCCCUCAAGAGAAAAGAGGACAGGGGCAGCCGGACCAGCCCCAGCUGCAGAGCCCCAGGCCUGGGCUCUGCAUUUCUGACAGGCCUUAAAAUCAUCCUCUUUUAUACAAUUAUUUUUUAUCAAAUAAAAGCGUGGAGGAAGA